UCAGCUUGAAUUCUCUGGUGCCGUGGCCGCAAGCAUCACACCAUCGAUGAAGCAGCUCUAUCUGGCAGUGCUUGCUGCCACACUGCACCUUGUCCAGGGUCAGGGUUCGUGCGUCCCGGGCGUUACCUGCGAAACGUUCAACUGUACCACGGAUGCCCGGUGCCCAGCGGUGAACCCGCCGCAAGGUCCAGUGCUGCUGCCCCAUCCGAACUGUGCCAAGUUCUACAAGUGCUCCAAUGGGCAGGCGUGCGAAUACGACUGUCCGGCAAAUUUGCACUUCAACCAUGUUGAGCAGGCGUGCGAUUGGCCGGAACGGGCGUGCUGCGACAUGAACAUACCCUGCCUGCCGCAGGAUCCCUGCAUACCGGGCGUAACCUGUCCACCGACUGGACCGUCCGAUCCGCCCACCACUGUAACGCUACCGCCACCGACCGCACCCACACCUGCUCCACCAACCGCACCAACACCGGCUCCACCGACCGCACCAACACCGGCUCCACCGACCGCACCAACGCCGGCCCCACCAACCGCACCAACACCGGCACCGACUGGCUGCAUUCCGGACCCGCUAAGCUGCAACCCGUUCGAAGAUCCCAACAAUCCAACCUUGCUGCCGCACGAAUCCAACUGUGGUCAGUUUUACAAAUGCAACCUCGGCGAACGCUGUCUGCUGUCCUGCCCGCUCGGUCAACACUUUUGGCCGGCGGGAGGCGUGUGCGAACGGCCGGAGGUGGCUUGCUGUAAUCCGGCACUGUGUAACACGAGCCCCAGCCAGUGUGUGGAUGAUGUCCGCUGCCCUCUGAUCGAGGAUCCCAACUUCCCGACCACCUUCCCGUUCCCGGGCAACUGCUCCCGGUUCUACAAGUGUGAUCUUGGGAGGCGCUGCCCAGUAGACUGCUGGCCUGGCACCCAUUUCAGCGCCAGUACGGGACGUUGUGAGGCACCGGACGAGGCAUGCUGCGAUCCGGCCGUACCCUGCCGCGGAGCAACCGUUCGCAGCUGUGCGCCCGAUGCGCGUUGUCCGCUGAACGAUAAUCCGUUCGAUCCGACCGUCCUGAAGCACGCGGACUGUACCCGGUUCUACAAGUGCGAUAACGGGCAGGCCUGUGUGUUGGAGUGUCCGCGCGGGCAGCACUUUAGACAGGAUACGCCAACGACGGGAAGCUGCGACUGGCCGGAUCUGGCCUGCUGUGAUCCCAACAUUCCGUGCACGGGACCAAACCCCGGCGUUACGUGCCGUCCCGAUAGCCGCUGCCCGUUGUUCGACGACCCGAACAAUCCGUUGCUCCUACCGCACACCAGCUCCUGCGCUCGGUUCUACAAGUGUACGAAUGGGCUGGCAUGCGAUCUGCCCUGUCUGCAUGGACACUUCAGCCAGGCGUUGCAGCGCUGUGAACGACCCGAGGUCGCCUGCUGCGAUCCUGCCGUACCGUGUGAGAACACCACGCCUAUGCCUACGCCUGUACCAACGCCUGCUCCAACGCCUGCUACUACUCCCGCUCCUACACCUGCUCCUACACCAGCACCUACUCCUGCGCCGACUCCAGCUCCAACGCCAGCUCCAACGCCAGCUCCCACUCCUGCUCCCACUCCGUCCCCUGGUGAUCCAUGCAUUCCUGGAGUCACUUGUCCUCCAGGGGAUGCCGGUAACUGCGUCGUGGAUGCGAGAUGCCCGGCAUGGAAUGGACCUACCCCAACGCUUCUACCUCAUCCUUCAAACUGCGGCAUGUUCUACAAGUGUGACAAUGGACGAGCCUGUGAACACAACUGUCCAGCUGGAUUGCACUUCAAUCCUCUGAUCAGCGUGUGCGACUGGCCGCAUCAGGCUUGCUGUGACCCCACGAUACCAUGCAAUCCUCCAUGCAUUCCGGGUGUAACGUGCCCGCCUACUGGGCCUACGCCUGCCCCAACUCCUGCUCCAACGCCCGCUCCGACUCCAGCUCCAACGCCAGCUCCAACGCCCGCUCCAACUCCAGCUCCAACACCAGCCCCUACCCCUGCUCCAACUCCAGCUCCAACUCCCGCUCCUACUCCCGCUCCAACUCCUGCCCCUACUCCAACUCCCAGUGAUCCUUGCAUUCCUGGUGUGACCUGUCCACCAAGUGAUGCUGGUAAUUGUAUCCUAUACAAUAGAUGCCCGCCACGAAAUGGAGCUACUCCAACGCUUCUGCCUCAUCCUUCCAACUGCGGAAUGUUCUAUAAGUGCAACAAUGGAUUUGCUUGUGAGCACGACUGUCCAGCUGGAUUACACUUCAACCCAAGUCUCAGCGUGUGCGACUGGCCAAGCAGUGCCUGCUGUGACCCUACGAUACCCUGUGAUCCUCCAUGCAUUCCGGGAGUUACCUGCCCACCAACCGGUCCUACUCCUGCACCAACUCCAGCUCCAACUCCAGCUCCAACCCCAGCUCCUACUCCCGCUCCAACUCCCGCUCCUACUCCUGCUCCUACUCCCGCUCCAACUCCUGCCCCCACUCCCGCUCCAACUCCAGCUCCUACUCCCGCCCCAACUCCAGCUCCUACUCCUACUCCCAGUGAUCCUUGCAUUCCCGGAGUCACCUGUCCACCGAGCGAUGCUGGUAACUGCGUCAUGGAUGGUAGAUGUCCUCCCAGAAAUGGAGUCACACCGAAACUUCUGCCUCACUCAGCCUGCAACAUGUUCUACAAGUGUAACAAUGGAUUCGCCUGUGAGCACGACUGUCCAGCUGGAUUACACUUCAACCCAAGUCUCAGCGUGUGCGACUGGCCAAGCAGUGCGUGCUGCGAUCCAACGAUACCCUGCGAUCCUCCAUGCAUUCCGGGAGUGACUUGCCCACCAACCGGUCCUACUCCUGCACCAACACCUGCACCAACUCCAGCUCCAACCCCAGCUCCUACCCCGGCACCUACUCCAGCUCCUACCCCAGCUCCUACUCCCGCUCCUACACCAGCUCCUACUCCUGCACCGACUCCAGCUCCUACUCCAGCUCCUACUCCAGCUCCCACUCCUACACCCAGUGAUCCUUGCAUUCCCGGAGUCACUUGCCCACCGAGUGAUGCUGGUAACUGCGUCGUGGAUUCAAGAUGCCCGCCCAGAAAUGGAGUCACGCCCAAGUUGCUGCCUCACUCUGCCUGCGACAUGUUCUACAAGUGCAACAAUGGAUUCGCUUGUGAACAGAGUUGUCCCCCCGGACUACACUUCAAUGCCGAUCUCAGCGUGUGCGACUGGCCAAGCAGUGCGUGCUGUGACCCGACGAUACCCUGCAACCCUCCGUGCAUCCCUGGCCUAACAUGUCCACCGACCGGACCUACCCCAGCGCCAACCACCGCACAGCCGCCCAUCACUCUACCCCCACCGACAUUGCCUCCGCCCACUCUUCCUCCACCGACGCUUCCUCCACCCACGGUUGGACCAACGCCUUCCGAGCCGUGCGUGCCGGGUGUAACGUGCGAACCGAGCAACUGUCACAACGACAUGCGCUGCCCGGCCCAGGACGGUCUAACGCCAACGCUCUUUGCUCAUUCGGAAUGCCACAAGUUCUACAAGUGCUCCAACCGAAAGGCCUGCGAGCACUCCUGCCCGCCCGGGCUGCACUUUAAUGCGCGCGAGUUUGUGUGCGACUGGCCGGAAAGCGCCUGCUGCGAUCCGACGAUACCCUGCAAUCCGCCCUGCAUUCCAGGCGUCACGUGCGCCCGAUCGGUGCGGCUUUAGUGCUACGACACUACGACAAUGACACUCACGCUAUUGAAACGAUAUCGAAUGUACCCGAAUCAAUGUUUGAACGUAUAGUACCCUAUUUAACCUCUAUCUAUAUCUUAUUCACUUAUAAACUAGCCGCUAGCAACAACGAUUGGCACGGAAAAAGUAUUAUUUAUCUGCAUAACUGAUAGUUUUCAGUGGCACCUGUUGCCAACUGUUAACCGAUAGUUUAAGCCAGGUGCAGCACCUGCACCGCACCAAAACAGUACUAACCCUAACCAUGAUUAAAUGCGAAUACUAACCCCCAAUAUAUAAUCAACGCAAAUAAAUAUAUACAACUAAUCUUGCAACUAUUAAA